AUGGCAAAAAGAGUCUCCCGUAAGCGCUUAGGCGCUUUACUGUUUAUCGUUGUUGUGGUGUUGAAUCUGAUGUUUUGGCAACCGGUGGAUCCAGACAAGGACAUCGACCCCAAGAGAGAGCAGCAAAAUCUAUCUCAACAAGAACCGGAAAAGCUACCAAAUACACCACUGCCGCCAUCAGCACCUAUUGUGUCGUCAGGAACAAUAGAGACGCAAGCAACUUUUGGUGAUGAUGACUUUAACUACACAACAUAUCUCCCAGCAACUGUUUCAGUCAUUCCCAGAUUUUAUGCGAACACCAGGAAGUGGGACAGCCUUUCUAUGAUGUUGCCUCCUCGCCAUUACCAACUGAUGAAGUGCCCAGGCCUCCUAAUGCGACACCAUCUGGAAUACAACCGAGUUUCCGAACGCAUCAACUUCACCGAAGGACCAUUGUUUAGCGUUCCCGGAUUCUUCUAUAAUCCGUAUCCUCUAUGUGGACGCUACCUUUUGUCGUACCUAAUGGAUGGACGUCACCCCUACGUGUUCGUUCUUCGUGUGGAGUCGGCUUCUUCAACUUCUUCCACACUAAAACACAACACCAUGACUGUAAAAGCAGGGACGUGGAGUGAUGACGUUAUUAUUGAACAGUGUGGUCAGUGCGUGGAAUUGGCUGAUGUUGAAGAUAGAAAGGACCCUUGUGCUGUUGAUAUUCUUUUUAUGGCUCGGUUGCUAAGUGACCACCGUGUGCUGCAUGCUGAGGCGUUGCCUGGCGACGGUUUGUGGCGUGGCGGUAGGCGCGUGGCGAGUGUCAUUCGUUUCCGUGUUCAUGACCCUGGGGAAUAUGCUCUUGAGGUGAAAAUGGUACAUGUCAAUGGAACAAGUAGCGUCCCGGAAGCUCCAAAGACGUUGGGUCUGGUUGGCACAAGGGCCACCGUGAACGGCCGUAAAUCAUUUCUGUACGGAGAGGUUUGUGACAUACAGCGUAAUGUAUACGGUAGUCCACUACGCGUGCGCGUUUUGCCCGCCGUCGACGUUCCAGCGACCACUAUACCCCCUUUUUGUAACUUCUCUACCAAUUACAACUCUAGCGAGGGCGGUCAGUGGGUGCGCUUUAUCGAUGGUGCCGAGCCGGACACACCAGAGGGCUCUCCACACCCGCUGGCGGCAAACUGCAUUACAGGUGACCGCUACUGCUACGGAAAUCCAAUUUCACUGACAGACUCUUGUGGCCACAAUAAUCACCUUGUGUGGGUUCCUAGUACUUGUCGUCUGCGCAUUUUUCAAAUGAACUCCGGCGGACCUUCGACAGGGUGUCUUAGAACGCACCCGCUUCGGUUGACGACGGCAUAUGUGCUCUUUCUCGGCGACAGUGUCAUGCGCGAGUACAAAUCAAACUGCGAUGCGAUGCGGUUUUCUCCGAAAGGAUCACAAUUAGUGUGUGCUUUUGCCAACAUAGCACCAGAAGGAAAGUACGCGUCCCCUGAAUACAUUUCGUCAGUGGUGCGGGCGAUGCUUGAGAGUGUCACAAAUAACAGACCCCUUGGUGUGUUUGCCACUAAUCUCGGUAUACAGCACAUGAUAGGCAAAGCGACCAUGUCGCAGUGGACUAUGCUUCUCGACACGUUUGUGCAUGAAUGGCGCAAGCAGAAUGUUACUGUCCUGCGGGGCCCUUACACAACGAUGCCGCCGUUUGGAGCGCCGGCAGCUGAAGCUUCUGUGGGGGACUCCGAAUGGCAGCGAUACAUGUGGGAACAGAACCGUCGCAGCCGCUCCAUUAUGAAUUCCACAAAACCCAUGUCGACCCCUUACAUGGAGUGGGCCAUCUGGAUAUCCCCACCGACAGUGCACUACUCCCGUUAUGGGAUGACAUACCAACGAGAGCUUCUAUGGGAUCGCGUUGCGUAUGAGCGUUUACAAAAGAUUGGAUUCAUUCGACUAGAUACCGUGACGCCGACGCUCUCACGGCCGGAGGGUAGUUGGGAUGGUCUGCAUCAACUGAGUCAGUUGGGAAAGGUACAGUCGCCAUGGCGCAACAGAAAAGCAGCUACACAUAAAUUCAACGGCGGUGUUUCAUUUAUGCUUUUCCUCAUUCUAACAAAUGUCAUUUGCUACUCCUGA